CUCUCUCUCUCUCUCUCAUUUUCUGCUUUUCUUAUAGUCACGUUUUUAACCCCUUCCCCCACUCCCCUCUCCUUCCUUCUCCCCUAUCUACACCCUUCACUCCCUCUCUGCUUCAGCAUCUGGGUUGGCUUCUAUCAUCUGGAGAAAUGCCGGAAGGAAUAACACCAGAGGGUCUCUUGAACAACAUAAUGGAAUCGAUUUCAGAUGGUGUAUCGAAGCACAAGUCUGGGUCAUCGUUCUUUGAAGAGGAAAAAUCGAGCUCGGUCAGAGCUCAAUUGAAUAGGCUAUUUGGGCGCGAGAAGCCAGUGCACCAUUGUCUAGGGGGAGGCAAAUCUGCUGAUGUGCUGCUUUGGAGAAACAAGAAAAUCUCGGCCAGUGUUUUGGUCGGUGCUACACUCGUAUGGAUGCUUUUUGAAUGGCUCGACUAUCAUUUACUUACCCUCAUAUGCAUUGCGUUGAUUCUGGGACUGCUCGUGCAAUUUCUCUGGACCCACACUUCGGGCAUGAUGUCCAGGUCACCAUCACAAGUCCCCCGUCUCGUUUUGCCUGAAGAAGUAUUCGUCAACAUAGCAAAGACAAUAGGCGCUGAAGUAAACCGUGCUUUAAUCUCCCUUCAAGACCUCUCUUGUGGCGGGAGUGUGAAGCAGUUCCUCAUUGUUGUUGGGAGCUUGUUUGCUGUUUCCGUCAUUGGAGGCUGGUGCAACUUUCUGACUGUUCUGUACAUCGGUUUUGUUGCUGCCCACACGCUCCCCGUGCUUUAUGAAAGAUACGAAGAUGAAGUCGACAACUUUGCAUAUAAUGCCUUUGAUCAGCUGCAGCACCAGUUUAGGAGGCUGGAUUCUGGUGUCCUCAGCAAAAUCCCGAAAGGGAAGGGAAAGAAGUUCGAGUAGAUUUCUAUGAAAGCGCUAUAUAUAUAUGGGUGUAUUGAAUUAUUAAUGUAUUGGAAAUUAAACUUGCAUUAAGCAAGCAUUAACAGCUUCUGUCUGUAUAUUGCUGCUGUUCUCUUAAUGAGAACCAACAAAAUUUAUGAAAUUUAGUGAAAUGUGAGUUUCAGUA